AUGCCUUUUCGUUCAAAGAAUGUGUUUUUAUUGGUGUUUCUGAUCAUGCUGAGUUGGUACCUUCUAGUUGAUACAUCAUUAGGCUCAUCCGAUUAUAAUAUUAGUUAUAUAGAUUGGAAAACAUUGAAGAAAAUUGAUAGCAGUACUUUAUCAUCUUCAUCAAUAAUAGCAGCCGAUAAUUUUACGUCAUUAUUUGUAUGGAAUGAUUUAUUUCGGAUGGUGCUGCAAAACAAUACAUUUGAUACUAUUGGAUUGGAAUGGCUAUUUAAUUAUGAUGCCGAAUUGAAAUUCUUUACAUUUGAUACUACUCUGACUGUAGAAGUGAUGAAGCAAAUGAUGGAGUUUAUUGGAAGGGAUGUAAUGAGGAAUUCAUUCUAUUCUCUACCUAAAUUGUGGAAAUUCAAGCAAAUUCUAAUGAAUAAGAAUACAGAAUGUAUCUAUGGGAGUGUUUUUGAAGUAUUUGACAUCAUGAUUGGAACUAAUAUUGAAUUUGUUGAGAGGAUACGGCUGAAUAGAAAUCAUAGACAAUUUAAGAAGAAAUCUAGUGAUUAUCUCAACCCAUCUGACUUUUAUUCGAUACCUCUAUUUCCCAAUAACUUUUGGAUGUUGAAUAGUCUAAAUGGAUUCAAUAGCCAAUACUAUGAAUCGAUUGUUCAAAAAUUAGCAGAAUCCCUUGCACUCAAAUCAUCAUUCCAAAACUAUACAUCUUGCACUGAUUCCUUAAAACAUGAUUCGAUAGUAUUGGAAAGACUUCAUGGUGUAAUGAAUUUUACAUCUACUCAACUAGAAUGGUCUCUCAAAUUCUCAAAUAUUUCCUCAUCAUCAGUUCCUCAAAAUUUUACAUUUUUACAACAAGCUAUGGAAGUAUUUUACCAAAACAACCAGGAUUAUUUAUUUUGGAACCAAUCAAAAGUUCAACAAUACUUGUGGACCUCAUCAUGUUUUCAAUGCUCAUCAGCAAAUUGUGUUUCAGAGAGAUGGGCUUGGGUUGACACUUUGGACAUAACAGUUGUCUGUAUGGCAGUACUGUACUACUUGGUUUUAUUUGCAAGUGGAGCCUUUAGAUCGCCUGUAAUUUACAGAAAGUAUCCUAUUGUAUUCUUUUGCCCUUUUAUUGUAAUGGGAAUGUAUUCUUCAAUGGUGAACUCUUUCAAUAAUGGAUGCAUAUCAGUUGGAGUUAUUUUUACAGUCUACCUGGCAGCCUUACUGAAUGUAAUUUACAUUUGUACCGUUGUUAGAUACUACUAUUUGAGAAACCUUUACAAUAUUAUCAAGAAUUCAAAACAUCCAAAACUUUUCAAAUAUCUGUCUAGUGAGCUGGUUGGAUUCGUAUUCACUGUAAUUUUCCCCAUUCCAACAGCCUUUGUAGCCACUAUUCCAAUUUUCAUUAUAGUUCAAACCUAUAAUUCUCUGAUAGUCAACACAACUAAUAAUGUGAUUAUAGUUUUAUUUUGUGCCAUUUCAUGCUUCGCUGGUGUAUCCUUCUUUAUUUAUGAGGCUAUUAGAAAUAGAAAACUGAUUGCCAAGUUUGGUUUGGGUAGAUUCUUAUUAUUUGAAGAACCUUAUUACUUUAGAAUUGAUCUACUCGCACUAGGUUUGAUGAUAUUAUUGCUGAUUUUAUUGGCAAUAUUGUUUCUCGUUUUGCCAAACUCGAUUGUGGCCAUUCGCUUUGUUAUUGGACUCACAUUGUACAUGUUAACUGGUGGAACAUCUUUACUAAUGCUAUUUAUUGAAAAUGUAAGAAAUGGAAAUGUUGUCAAGCAAAUCUCGUCUGAAACAAAACAUUCCAAUGCGGAAUAUAUUGAAAUAAUCAAGAAUAACAGUAAUAAGGAUUUGGUAGAACUUUUUAGGUUAUAUUCUGAAAAAUCUCUUGCCUUGGAAAAUAUUUUACUCAUGGAUGAAUUGGUUGGAUUUAAGAGAAGAUCAGAGAAUAUCAAAAUUGAAGAUUUGAAAAAAGUUCAUGAAAUGUAUCUGACUGCUUACUCUGCUUAUGAAGUCAAUGUAUCUUCAAUAGCCAAAUCAACUUUUGAAAAGGAUUUGAGAGAUGCAGAGGCUAUUCAAUCCCUCAAAGUUAGAAAUGAGGUAGUGGAUCAAAUCAUGAAGGAAGUGGAAAUGAAUCUAAUAUCAACAUUUUCCAGAUUCACAAGAACUAACGAGUUUAGACAAUGGAGGGAAAUUUACCAAUUGCAAAAGGAUCGAGUAGCUGUUAUAUAG